CGAAAACCCUGUUAAUCUACUUGUUGAAUCUUAUAUCUUGUGGUUGAUGGGAUUGUCCGGUUGUAACAGGAGAACACUGAUGACCAUUUCUGAACCCCGAGGGAUUUACCUGGGAGCUGAGGCAAUCGCGAUCCCUUCGGAAUCCUAUGCAAACAAAAUCCUCCAUAUAUUUUAGGUACCGCAAGGGCGAGAGAAGGAGCUGAUAAGAGAUGUUUAGCAGCUGCAGCAUAUUAUACAGACGUGUUAACAGGAUUGUACAGACAGACGGUGUAUCCCUUUUGCACGAGAUCCGGUUAAUGCAGGACACGUUAGCAAUGAAUAGGCGGUUGCGUGUUAAUGAGCUUGAAUACGGAAGAUGAGAUGAGAGAACGCGGGAUACACACAGAAGAUAUCAUAUAUUAAACCAAACUGUUCCAUACUACUUGACUCAAUCGCUGUGGCCGCUGGCCCAUGCGUCGUAAUGAUUUACAGUUCAAAUUCCAAUUCGCUCAAAGCCGUCGCCCUUUUAGCUUACUCGAAAUCCGCUGCUUUGCGUUUGUUGCUCGAGGCAAAUUCCAAAACGGAUACCACUUUUCUACACGAACCAUUUUGCGUGCACACCUCCAUUUAGAAAGGAAGAGAGUCCAUUUUACUAAACUCAAAGAUCCGCAUUGCAUGCCGCCAAGCGUAUAUUGUAGCUGGAGAAGAGAAGGUACGUUACACUACGAGGAAACGGAUACCUUCUAGAGACAGUUCGAGCGAAUUUGCUUAAGCCAAACUCCUGCUCCUACAUACAUUUUUGAUAAAGCUCAAUUUCUUAACAAACAAUAAUCGUGUGACAGACGCGACACAGCAGGACAGGACAGCAGGGGCAAGAGAUGCCCGUACGAGGGGAGAGUCAGUAGACAAAAACGAUGGCUAGUUUGCCUUAAUUACCGGAAAGCAUAGCAUACCGAGUGGUGAAGGCGAGCAGAUAGAUUGAGAUUUUCCGACCCGCAGCCUACAUACUCUGGGCGUCCGUUUUCGUCCCCUUCCGACUUCAGUAACAACAUUGAAACAAUCAAUUUUUGAGCUGGGAAGUAGCAUUAUUCCACGACAACCCCAGAUUUCGCAGAUACAAUCCCACACUGGCCGACCCGGUUAUUAAGAAUGUUAAGA